AUGGUUCGCCUCCGCGAGAUCCCAAGGACCGCGGCUUUCGCCUGGUCCCCUGAUCCUUCGAAGCCUCUUUUGAUCACCGGCACCAGAGCGGGAGCUGUCGAUGCUGACUUUUCUGAUGAGACUAAGCUGGAGCUGUGGGACCUCAACCUUGACAACCAAGACCAAGGCCUGGAGCUGCAACCCAUAGCUAGCAUCAGCACCGACUCGAGAUUCUAUGACCUUGCUUGGGGACCGGCUGAUUCCGACCACCCGAAGGGCAUCAUCGCCGGUGCUCUGGAAAAUGGCUCUCUCGACUUGUGGGAUGCCGAGAAGCUGAUCGACGGAGCCGAAGACGCCUUCAUGUCCCGAACAACGAAGCACACCGGUGCGAUCAAAUCUCUGCAAUUCAACCCCCUUCGACCGAACAUUCUCGCAACCGCCGGCGCAAAGGGGGAACUGUUUGUUUACGACAUCAACGACGUUGAGAACCCAUUCCGACUUGGAACCGCUGCCGCUCGCGCAGAUGACCUAGAGGUUGUCGCAUGGAACCGCAAGGUUGCGCAUAUUCUGGCUACUGGAGGUUCGGGUGGUUUUGUCACUGUCUGGGAUUUGAAAACCAAGAAGGCUUCUUUGACCCUGAAUAACAACAGAAAGCCCGUCAGCGCCAUUGCGUGGGAUCCCAACAACUCGACGAAGCUCCUGACCGCCACCUACGACGACACCGCUCCCCUUAUCUUCCUUUGGGAUCUCAGAAACGCCAAUGCUGCCGAGAGGACGCUUCAUGGACAUGAGCAGGGCAUCCUUUCCCUGUCUUGGUGCCAGCAAGACAGCGAUUUGCUCCUUUCUUGCGGCAAGGACAACAGGACUCUGGUCUGGAACCCCCAAUCGGGAGAAAAACUGGGAGAGUUCCCUGAGGUUACGAACUGGACCUUCCUCACUCGAUUCAACCCCUCCAACCCCAACCUCUCCGCCACUGCUGGGUUUGAUGGUAAGAUUACCAUCCAGACCCUCCAGAACACCAACCCUUCGAACACGCAAACCGCCACCACCAACAAUCUCGACGGCGAGGAUUUCUUCACCAGCGCCCAGACGCAGCCUCAGGGAGCGUCGUUUUCUCUGGCCCAGGCUCCCAAAUGGUUUGAGCGUCCAGUUGGAGCGACCUUCGGCUUCGGUGGAAAACUUGUCAUUUUUAAGCAAAAUCCCCAGCAGAGGUCCUCCAAGAUCUCCAUCUCUCAGUUCUCUGUUGACUCAUCUAUUGGCCCCUCCACGGAGAAGUUUGAAGAGUCUCUGCGGUCAGGAGACAUCGUCAGUCUCUGCGAGUCCCGUAAGGAACAGGCUAAGACCGAGGAGGAGAAGGCAGACUGGCUAGUUAUGGAAACUCUCACAGGGGAGAACCCGCGAAAGCGUAUUGUCGAGUACCUCGGGUUCAAUGAGGAAGAGAUCACCAACGGUGUCACAAGCAAGGACGAGACGAAGCCUGAGGAUACCGCGGUGGAAAAGGAGGACGCAAAGGACGGAGAGAAGUCCGACAACAUCUGGGGUGAGGCUGACGGAGAAGGGGAAGAAGAUUUCUUGUCGAAUCUCUCUGCAACCAAGGGCGCCAAGACGGACAAUCCUUUCCACCUGCUGGCCGACACGGAUACCAAAGUGGAGAAGUCCAUCACCAAGGCCUUGAUGCUUGGAAACUUUGCAAAGGCCACUGAGAUUUCUCUCAAGGAACAGCGCUGGGCAGAUGCUUUCCUCAUUGCCAACUGCGGUGGACAGGAGCUGGUGGACAAGGUGCAGGCUGCAUACCUGGCCAGCAAGGAUGGUGUCCCAAGUUAUGUACGCCUGCUCGGGUCGGUCAUUGCCAAGAACCUGUGGGAUGUUGUUUACAAUGCCGAUCUCGAGAACUGGAAGGAAUCAAUGGCCAUUCUUUGCACGUUCUCUGACCCCAAGGAGUUCCCUGAUCUCUGCGAGGCCCUCGGAGAUCGGAUCCUUGAGAACGGCUCCCGAAAGGAUGCUUCUUUCUGCUUCCUCGUUGGUUCGAAGCUUGAGAAGGUUGUUUCCAUUUGGAUCACAGAACUUGAGGAGGCCGAGCAGGCUGGCAUGCAGGAACCUAGCGACGAUUCUACGUUCUCCGUGCACGCCCGAUCGCUGCAGCAUUUCAUCGAGAAGGUUACCAUCUUCCGUCAAGUCACCAAGUUCCAAGACUCUGGAAAAGAUCAAUCUGCCGACUGGAAGUUGUCAGCUUUGUACGAGAAGUACACAGAAUACGCCGACAUUAUUGCCGCCCACGGCCAACUCGCGGUUGCCCAGAAAUACCUGGACUUGCUGCCUAGACAGUACCCUGAGGCGCAGCUGGCAAGGGAGCGCUUGGAACGGGCUACAGGUAAGGCUGCCGUGUCGCAGGCCGCACCGAAGGCGGCGCCUUCUGGACGCCGCCCUGGACAGCCUCCAGCACCGGCCAACCCCCGGGUCACCCCGGCCUAUCAGCCCACAGCUCCUGCCCCGACUCCUGUUGGCUCCAACCCCUACGCGCCGGCGGCCCCGGCCCUUGCUGCAGCUACUAUACCGGCAGCGGCGUCGAGCCCGUAUGCCCCGGCGAUCGGUGGUUACACACCUGCCAGCCAGUCACCUUACGCCCCGAGCCAAGGCUACCAGCCUCCCGUUGCCCAACCCUACCAAGCGCCGUCAGGCUAUGGACCGCCUCCUUCAAACUUCGGCUCCGUGCCGCCGCCACCGCGGAACUCUACGCCUACUACGUCCUUCCGCCCCAAGGAAAGUUGGAAUGAUGUGCCUUUGGUAGCCAAGGCGCCCCCUCCGAGGAAAACCACUCCCAGCGUCUCUGCAAUUACUUCGCCGUUCUCUCAGCAACCGAAUCAGCCGGGCCCCCCACCCCAGAGCCCGUACGGACGCAGUGGUUCAACGCCUCCACCUCCUCCUCCCAAGGGCCCAGCUCCGCCUCGUGUUACGUCUCCUCUCGCCGGGCCUCCUCAGACUUUCCAAGCCCCGCCGAGACCAGCAUCAUCGGCCUCGAACGCAUACGCUCCUCCGCCCCCUCAACCCGGCGCGACGCCUUCGUCCAUGCCACCACCAUUUAUGCCUCGCACUGCAUCGCCAUACAACCCUCCUCCAUCUGGCGCAGCUUCUUCUAACCGCUACGCUCCCGCUCCCUCAGCCCAGCCGCAAACAAGCCAACCACCCACGGCGUCCUCUAUGCCACUUCCCGGAAGCCAGCCUCCCCCGAGAAACCCCUAUGCCCCGCCACCCCAGACGUCGGGCACACCGCAGAACCAGUACGCGCCUUCGCCGUAUGGGGCCCCCCCUACCGCAAGCUCGGGACCGCCUACCGGUCCUCCUCCCUCCAGCGGGCCCCCGCCUGCAGCUAGAGCUCAACCGACCCCUCCUCCGCCAAAGGCAGUUGCUCCGCCAAAGGCCAGACACCCCGCUGGCGACAGAUCGCAUAUUCCAACUCACGCCCAGCGACUGGUCGAUGUCCUCAGCUCGGAUAUGCAGCGUGUAGCUUCUCGCGCGCCCUCGUCCUUUGCUGCGCAAGUCAAGGAUACUCAAAAGCGCCUCAACCUUUUGUUUGAUCACUUGAACAAUGAGGAGCUUGUCAAGCCCGACACAAUCGAUCAACUUUGCGCCUUGGGUGAGGCCAUUGAGCAGAAGAAUUACGAGGUUGCCCACAAGAUCCAAGUCGAGAUCCAACGGGACAAGACUGAUGAAUGUGGUAACUGGAUGGUUGGUGUGAAGCGACUGAUCAGCAUGAGCAAGGCCACUCCAUGA